AAUCCCUCCAUUUGAUUCCAUAUCAGUCUCACGAUUCUCACCAAAUCAAAACCGAAAUAACCAACCAACCACCUUCGAAAAGAAAUCAAAGACAAAAUGUCUAUCACAUCAAACUCCAAAUAUUCAAUAAUCUCAAUCAUAUCCAUACUCAGCUUAUCAUUCUUACUCCAAGGAACUCAUGGAGACGACGGAGGUUGGCAAGGUGGCCACGCCACGUUCUACGGUGGCGGCGAUGCUUCCGGCACCAUGGGCGGAGCUUGCGGCUAUGGAAAUUUGUAUGGCCAAGGUUACGGGACAAACACGGCGGCUUUAAGCACUGCUCUAUUCAACAAUGGACUCACGUGCGGCGCGUGCUAUGAGAUGAAGUGUAACGAUGACCCGAGGUGGUGUCUCUCGUCUACUAUCACCGUCACAGCCACUAACUUUUGCCCACCUAACCCUGGCCUCUCCAACGAUAACGGAGGUUGGUGUAAUCCCCCUCUUCAGCAUUUCGACCUCGCCGAGCCAGCUUUUCUCCAGAUCGCUCAGUAUCGUGCCGGAAUUGUUCCUGUCUCUUUCCGAAGAGUACCGUGUAUGAAGAAAGGAGGAAUAAGGUUCACGAUCAACGGACAUUCAUACUUCAACCUAGUCCUAAUCUCGAACGUAGGAGGAGCAGGAGACGUACACGCCGUAUCGAUUAAAGGCUCAAAAACACAGUCGUGGCAAGCGAUGUCUAGGAACUGGGGACAGAACUGGCAGAGCAAUUCUUACAUGAACGACCAAAGCCUCUCGUUCCAAGUCACCACCAGCGAUGGUCGUACCGUCAUUAGCAAUGACGUGGCUCCUUCUAAUUGGCAGUUCGGACAAACCUACCAAGGCGGUCAGUUCUGAUAAGUUUCAUUAUCCAUCCACACACACACAUCUCUCUGUUCUGGGUGCUGACGUGGCUACGUAUUGCUGAGGUGGCUCGUAAGCACCCGCUUAGAUUAGCUUAGCCUUUUUUUCACUUCUCUUAUAUUUACUAAUUAUUGCUUCAAUGGUUGUAUUUUCAUCGUGCCUACAAAAAGCAAAAAGCAAGGUUUUUAUUGUUUUAAUUUACAUCUUAAUUGAAUUUAGCCUUAUUGGCCUUUUUCAUCUUCUUUGUAAUCCAAUAUCGCUACGCCCAAAAUAAUGAAUUAUAUAAAUACGA